AUGGGGAUCACACGCCAGCAAACCUUUCCGCGGUGUUACUUGGGCGGGUGGCUCUCUCUUGAACCCUUCAUUACCCCCUCACUGUUCCCCGACACAAGUCUCGUCGACGAGUACAGCCUGUGCAAGAAGUUGGGUCCAAAGGAAGCUGCCAAGACAUUGGAAAAACACUACUCCACCUUCAUCACUGAAGACGACUUCAAGGCCAUCGCCGCCGCGGGCCUGGAUCACGUACGCAUCCCAUUCCCCGUACUGGGCAGUAAAGACCUAAACGACGACCCAUACGUGCCGGGUAUCUCGUGGCGCUACCUCCGAUUCCUUCGACUCCCCCAUCCGUGGCCGGCUCGUGCACACCACGCUCGAUGA